CUUUCGUAAGCGGAGCUGUCCGAUCAGCACCGCACGGCGCGCUCUGUUUGCGCCAUAAAUAGUUCUUACUAUAAGUGGACGCGACUUAGAGCGCGAGGCACGAUGAUCGGAUUGUCUUCAUUUCGCGGCAGAAAUAGUUAUUCGUGAAGUUUAGCCCGACUUAAACACUUUUACGCACCAAAACCACGAGGGGAUUUGGUAAGAGAGCGUUUGGGGUUUAGUGUCUCUCCCCUUUUGCCUCUCCCUUUGGGGGGGGAUCGCCGCCGGCAUGUUGUUCCUCUUGUGCGGAUUGUUGUGCGUUUGCGCGCUCGGCGGCGGUCAACUACCGAGCGGCCAGGCGGACGACGGGAAGCGGUACAUCUGCCGGGCUGUGCCCCUCAGCGGAGAUUCCAGUUGCCCCGUGACUCUGUUACCGGAGCUGAACGCCGGGAGCCAGGAGGAAGAGCUCAGGAAUACCGUCAUGCAGCUCCGAGAGACCAUCUUACAGCAGAAAGAAACGAUUGCCAGGCAGAUAGGCACCAUCAACGAGCUGACCACCAAGCUGUCCCUCUGCGCCUCAACCGACGACAGGAAGUACGACAAAGGGGCUUCCUGGGGCAAAGAAAAGCAAAAUACAAUGGGGGACGUUCCAAGAGAUCCAAAUGACUCAAUCGAUAGUCUUGGAAAAACCAUGCAAGGACUCAAGGACCGGCUGGAGAAUUUGGAGCAACAGCAUCUGCGCGCCAACAUAUCCGGCGCCUCGUUCCCCAGCGAGCUCCGCGACCUGCUGCAGCGCCGCCUCAGGGAGCUGGAGAAGCAGCUCCUGAAGAAAGUCAGCAGCCUGGAGGAGGAGAAGAGCAUGCUCUCCAACGCCACGGCCGCCUACAGGCUGAAGACGGAGAGCACGCUGAGCGCCCUGGUGGACAGGAUCAGCGAGCUGGAGAAAGGAGGAGGAGACUUCAAGUCCCCGGAGCAGUUCAAGCUGUGCCUUCCCCAGAGGACCAACUACCUGUACGGCCGCAUCACCAAGAGCCUGCCGGAGAUGUACGCGUUCACUCUCUGCAUGUGGAUCAAGUCCAGUGCCAGUCCGGGCAUCGGCACACCUUUCUCCUACGGUGUGCCGGGGCAAGCCAACGAGAUCGUGCUGAUCGAAUGGGGCAACAACCCGAUCGAGUUGCUCAUCAAUGACAAGGUCGCCCAGCUGCCGUUGGAGGUGCGGGAUGGAAGGUGGCACCACAUCUGCAUCUCUUGGACCACACGGGACGGCCAGUGGGACGCUUACCAGGACGGGAAGAAGCUGGGAACUGGGGACAACCUGGCCGCCUGGCAUCCCAUUAAACCCGGGGGGGUCAUCAUCCUGGGGCAGGAACAGGACGUGGUGGGCGGGCGCUUCGACGCUGGACAGGCCUUCGUGGGCGAGCUGAGUCAGGUCAACAUCUGGGACCGGGUUCUGAAGCCGGCGGAGGUCCAGUCCAUGGCUAACUGCAGCGCGUACGUCCCCGGAAACGUGAUUUCCUGGCUGGCGAGCAACGUGGAGGUUUUCGGGAGGGGAGCGUUCAAGCGGCCCCUGGAGGUGUGUGAGGAGCGGCUGCCGAAUGCCUAAAAACCCACGCGGACGUGAUUCGCUGCUGUUUUCCAUCCAUUCAGCGUUUUUUCUAAUCGCCUGCCCUCGCUGAGAGAGGCAGUUCAUGGACUUUACUACCAUCAAUAGUACUGCGAUCCUCCUGUAAACCCAGCAGCGUUGGAAAGGGUCACCUCACAGC